AUGGCUUGGUGGUUAAGCCGACCAAUUGGGGAAGAAGAACAACUUUUACCUCUCUCUGUAUUAAUUGAAUGCCCAGUUCAGAAAGGUAAAAAUGCAUUAAAUGUACUUUUUUCUCUCCCUGGUCUUGUUGAGGUACAUUUCUCACAAUGUGAUAAUAUGACGAAUAGUAAUGCUCUUAUUAGUCUACCGUCACCUCGCCUUCCUGAUCUCUCAAGUAAUGCAGUGAUAGAAAAUGGAUACUUGCAGUUUUCUCAUUAUCAUGCACUCUGCGAUCUUAGUCUGGCACAAUGUCGUGGCUUUACACGUCUCUGUGGACUUCCCACCGCCUCAUCUCUUCACACCAUUGAUCUCUCCUUUACAAAUGUGAAUGAUGAUGGUAUAUUACUAUUGGCGGAAUCAAAGAGUUUGCGGAAUGUGCGGUUGAUGGGAUGUGUGGAAAUUACAAAUGUAAAUGCCAUGGCCCGCAUGACUACAUUAGAGCGACUGGACCUCACAUCCUGUGGGGAACUCACCAAUGAUGGUAUUGCCGGACUUGGGAAGAGUAACAGUUUACGGGAAGUAAUUCUUCGCUAUUGCAAAGGUAUCACAGAUGUUAACAGCGUAACGGAAGCUCCAUCUCUAUUACAUCUCUGUGUGGCUCGUAGUAGUUUAACACAGAGUGGAAUAGCCUCUAUUGGUAGUAAUAAUAACAACAAUAAUGGGAUGAGUUUACAACAUCUUGACUUGACUGGCUGCCGGGGAGUAAAAUCUGUGGGUCAUUUAGCCUGUGCAGUUUCACUAUGUUUAUUAGAUGUAUCAUGGGCAAAUGUAAAGCGUGAUGGUCUUUUGGGUUUAAUAGACUCACAAUGUUUAGAAGUACUGCGAAUAGCAGGAAAUCCAUUACGUAGUAUUGCCCCAUUACGCCAUAUGCAGUUAUUGUUGGAUGUGGAUAUCAGCGAUACGAAUAUAGGCGAUGAUGAUAUUAUUGUACUCGCUACAAUGAAAGCA